AUGCAUCUUCCCAAGGUACUAUUAACAAAAAAAUUUUCGAAUUACGCACAAUAUUUUAAUGGUAAUAAACGUUCUAAUUUGGUAGGGAAAAGGAAAUCUUUUGUACGAAAUGCAUAUAAUGAAUCAAAUACAACAUAUUGGUAUAAUGCAGAAGAUAUUGCACAAAUAUCAUCGGAAUGGAUGAAACAAUUUUCUGAUCAAAAUAUUCGAAUAACUCAACCAUUAGGUCAACAGCAGGAUAGAAAUUUAUCAACAAUUUUAAUUGAACUGUUAAAUGAAUAUAAACAAGAUGAAAAGUGGAGAAUUAUUCCAUUGAAUAUUGCUGGUAUUCAUUGGAUAACUUUGGCAUUAAUUUAUAAUAAAAAUAAACAAUAA